GAGAAGAAGGUGGAUUGCAGAUCUACGUGAGAGCAGAUGUUCCUCUAGAACUCAUCAUGAAAAAGAUCUACAUUGGAAAAACAGGACUGAAGAGCUCCAGAGUGGGGUGUAAACACCAAAAAAAGAGCUCUCUGCAGGAGCAGAAGGAGGAUCUGAAGAAGCGUUUAUCCUUCACCACGCAGAAGCUGGAGAUGCUGGAGGGCGAGUUUGACUCCACUCGUCAAUAUCUGGAGACCGAACUGCGCCGGGCUCAGGAAGAACUCGACAAGUUCACCGACAAACUCAGGAGAAUCCAAAGUGGUUAUUCAGCGUUACAGAGAAUCAAUCAGGAUCUGGAGGAUAAAAUCCACCGGACGUCGCAGCAUCAUGACGAUGAGAAGCGAGCACUCAGUCAUGAGAUCAUCUUAUUAAACACUCACCUGAUGGAGGCCAAGAUCACGAUUGAAAAGCUCAAAGAGGAUAACGAACAUUACAGGAAGGACUGUAACCUGGCCGCUCAGAUCCUGCAGUGUAAUCAGUCUCAGUACAGAGCUCAGCUAGCAGAGAUGCCUGCGGAUUUCCUCGAGCGUCUAAGUCUGCACAUGGAGGAUUCCUCACCAGUCUGUCGGUCGCCAUACUCUGACCCCAUUCCUUCCUCAGUAAUGGCUAAUGUUUUGGAAAAACCGGCGGAGGCGUCGCGUUCUCCGAGUCCAAGUCCGACUCGUCGUGAGCUGCACGAGCCACUCGAGCACCCAGGCUUUCUUAUCGGCACGCCGGUGGUCGGGGAGGAGCGCCUGGGUCUACGUGGAAUUACUAAGUGCGAUGUGUACAGCAGCGACACCGCCCUGUAUUGCCCAGACGAGCGGCGGAGAGAGCGCAGACCUAGCGUCGACCUGCACCGUUUUCCACAGUACAACGUCUCCGUAGGCGGGGCUUCCAGCUCCUACUCAAGUUUCAGCGGUGGAGGGUCUGAGGAGAAGGUAGCUGAACCUCCUUAUAGCACCACCACGUCACCCCAGCACCACAGAAUCUACAUGGAGUGGCGAGACGAUGGCGACUAUGAGCAGAAAAGUGACGAUUCCUGGGAGCAAGAAAGUCAGAGUGCGUUUAGUACGUCGCAUACUUUCCAAAAUGGUGGUUCUCCUUUAUACAGCGGUGCCAUGUCCUGCUACAGCGAGCCUUACGAGCCACUCCCGCCAUCCACCUCGCCCAGCGUGAACUACGGCGACAGUCGACGUGGCAGCGCAUUGCCACAGGAAGAAGAGGAGGAGGAACCUGAGGAGGAGCAGGGGGUUCUGAUUGGUCGAUGGAGACGUCUGAGCGUGGAGGAUGUCACCGCUCAUUCGUUCUGUAGCACCGGACGUGCUUCACCCUACAGCUUUUCCGAGCAGCACUUCUCCGUCCGCCCUGCCAAGAUUCGUCUAGGGCCGCUGUACAGCAGCUUCCAGGAAGGUAGUGAUGCAUACAGGCACCAGGGUGCUGCUCUCCUGGACCCAUUCUCCAGCACCGAACUCCGGGGGACACAUCUGUACGCCACGGAGGAUGAAACUCAGGAGGUGGAGCAGCAGGUCACGAGACUGGAGAGAGAAUAUGAGGACGAGGACGCAGACGUGAGUCCCAACAGCUCCAACGAGUCACUGGAAAUGGGACCCAUGGAAACUGGUGCCGAGCUGCAGUCAUUUCAGCCUGAGCGGAUCAGCGGCUCUCCUCAGGAACCGGGUUCUCCUGCAGCUCAAGCCCCGGCACAAUACCAAUCGUUUACAAGUCUCGGCCUGACCAGGAAGGACAGCCUGACUAAAGCUCAGCUCUACGGAACUCUGCUCAACUGAGGACCCAGAUUUCAUACGUGAUGAAUUAUUUCUAACAGAAUGAUGUUUAAUUCAUGAGGACGUCCUCGCUACACUCCGAGUUGAGGAGUUUAUCCAGUUGGGGCAGAAAGUCUGAGGUCCUGAUUUAUAAAGGGUUCAUGUGUGUGUGAACAUGUACAGUUUGAUAACAGCUUCAAAGAAUUGUGUCCAACUCUAAAGAUGAUCCAUGAUCUUCAGUCAGAAAACCACGUCUGUAUGUAGAUGCCAGGCCGGCUGACGGCACCUCUGGGGAUUGGAACCCUGGCUCCCAGUGGUAGUAGCCUAGCGUCUUUUAUUGCUGUGCCAUUCGAGCGUCACUAAA